CGCGAGCGGGGCGGUGCGGGACAGAGGUGUUCCUCAGAUAUGAACCUGUGAGCCCAAACCUGCCUGAGUUACAGCUUUUGUGUUAUUUUUAUUUUUUUAUUUUUUCUCUGUCCACACAUCCACCAUGCAGACAGGUGUGUUCAUGGAGUCUCACAUAGGCAAGUUGGUCCCAUGUGUCCUUUACCUGUUCCUGCUAAUACACCUGUGCCUGGCUGCACCAGGUGUACCAGGGACACAAAGAGAGGAAUCAGUAGAUGCCCAUCCUCCUUCUGUAGCACUACCAAAUCCCUUUGGCUCUGGGGAGGAGGACCGUAGGUUACUGCAGAGUUACAUUCAGUCCAUUCUAAAGGAUGGCCACGGAGGACCAGAAAUCAACACCUGGGAGCAAGAGGUGUUCUUCCUGUUUCGUCUGUAUGACUACGAUCGCAGUGGGUUGUUGGAUGGCUUGGAAAUGAUGAAGCUAAUUUCAGACUAUAACUCCCAUCAUACACCUGGAGCACAGGCCAAUGAUCUGGUGGUGUCCAUGGUAGAUUUUUUACUCCAGACUCAGGAUCUAAAUCAGGACGGCCUGUUGGCCCCAUCAGAGCUGCUCUCUCCUUCAUUACCUCUCACACAGGACUCCAACAACAACAAUGCACCUCACCAGGAGCAGGAGGUGGCAGUGGAGGAGAAGCUGCCGAACCCCAGCACUGACGAGGAGAAGGCAGGAGCAGAAGAGCAGAUAGAGGAGGCUCAUGAAGAGAUCCAGCCUCAAGAGGAAGAGCAACCUCAACAUGAAGUAAAGACAGAAGAAGAUGAACUUGAAAAGUCAGUAAAUGAUCAGAAUGGACAACAACUCCCAGAAGCCCCAGCAGCAGAUCAGGGACAUUACGAGGGAGCCCCCGUACAUCAGGGUCAACCAGAGAUAUGAAGGCACAGGCACACAUACACAGUACAUGUCACUCUGGCCUCUUGGGUCCAGCCUGUUGAAGACUGAUUAUAGAGUUAAAUGUGCCACUAUCACCUGAGAGAACGUCUUAAUUUUCAUCUUCACAAAUGGAUCUGAAUUCUGAGAUUUUACAAUCCAUUUCAUUGGACUGUUAAAGAUAUAAGGUGGUUGAUGAAACGAUGGAUCUGUUAAAAGUGUUCCUCUCACUGUGUUGGAAUACUUUUUCUACAGCCAGUGCCUACUGGUUUCAUUAUGAAUACACAGAUAUCUGCUGAAAAGGGACUGAAUUAAAAAUGCAAUAUUAUCCAUAUUAGUAAAAACGAAGCCAUCAUUAAUAGAGAUUAGUACUUUUGACUACUUUUUCUUCUCCCAGCAAGUUGAUCAUUUAAUUUUAAUUAAUUUGUUAAUUAAUUUGAGAUGUGCUUAUUUUGGGUUUUAUUUUCUGGUGGGUUUUUUUUGUUUGUUUUGCUUUAAUUGUAUUUACUUACCCCUUUCUCUUAUACCUGAAAAUGUUUGCAUAUUGAUAUUUUUCUAUGUAGAGACUGUUGUUUCAUGUACACACUGAUUGGCCUUAUUGUGUCUGACCCACUCUAGGCUUGGGAUUUGCAUGUUGUAGUUAUGCACCAGAAGAGCAUCUGGACUGUUAUUUAUUUAAAGUCUCAUUUACAGACCGUGAAAUCAAAUUUGGUCUUUCUUGAGAAUUUCUUUAAAAUUAGUCAAUUCAGAUAAAAAACACAUCUUAUUAUGCAGCAUUGACCAAGUCCUGAAUGUACUUGUGUACAGUCCAGUAAGUAUUUAUGUGCUUGAAUGAUUUGGGGACUAUAAAACUACAGAACAGUAGUGUACUCCUAACGAGUUACAGCCUUUUAUCGCCAGUCUUUAGGUUACAGGUCCAUAAAUGUUCAUCUUUAUAAAGAGGAACAGGAAGGCCCUGUUGCAGAACCUUUUGAUGUGACAGCAUUAAAUUUAGUCUUAAUCUGCAAACUUUAAAUAUGUUUAAGGUAUGAGAGGGUUAAUUUGAUGUAAUGCUUUGUUUACCUUUUUAUCCACGUAUGCAUUUAUACAGCUGGAAAAAAUAAAGGAAACAAUGCUUUG